AUGGACAUUACGCCCACGUCAGCAUCGACCAUGGGCCCGCCCACCGAUCGCAAUGGAGCCAGCGCCUUCCAAUCCCACUCCCAGCGGGAAGCCAACGGCGACUCGGGCAACACCUCCCCCAAUGGCAACGCCGCGCCUGCCGUGGGUGCUGCCGCCGCCGCACAGCAGCCCAAGGUCGUCCAGACGGCCUUCAUACACAAGCUCUACAACAUGCUCGAGGACCAGAGCAUCCAGCACCUCAUUUCCUGGGCGAGCACAAACGAGAGCUUUGUCAUGUCGCCCUCCAGCGAGUUCUCCAAAGUCCUGUCCUCCUAUUUUAAGCACACUAACAUCUCCUCAUUUGUCCGCCAAUUGAACAUGUAUGGCUUUCACAAAGUGAGUGACGUCUUUCACACGGGUUCUCCAGACACCCCGCUAUGGGAAUUCAAACACGGCAAUGGAAACUUCAAGCGCGGCGAUCUGGUUGGUCUUCGCGAGAUCAAGCGACGUGCCUCCAGACAUGCCCUCAUCCACCGUGACUCCUUUUCCACCCCCAAACUCCCCACCGGCCCACCAGCAGGCCAGCCGGUUGAACCAAUGCCGGACCCCACCGAAGCACGCCUUCAGAAUCUCGAGCACAGCCUGUAUGACAUGCAUGCCAAAAUGCAGCGGUCAGAAGACACAUGUGCCUACCUUAAUCAAAAGACCCUGGUUCUGGCCGAGGGCAUGAUGCGGUGCCAUCAAUGGAAUCAGGAGCUUACAGGUUAUAUUAUGGCCAUGGUGCCGGACCCGGAAAAUCCAAUACACAGGGAUGUCGCCAUGAUGCAACGCGAUAUUAGUCGACAAACCGAGAUGCUCAGAGCACUCGAGGCCCCAGAAGAACCCCUCUCGGCACGACAGCCCUACUUUAUGCAGCUCGACAGCAACAACGGCGCUCCCAUCUCACCUCGGCAAAUGCCGCAGGACAAUCUAGCCGAGUCACGCAGAGGGUCGCUGGCCAACAUGUCGCGACAAGCGCCAUAUAAACCUCCAGUCCCGGCACAUCUCGCAAUUUCUCCGCGACGGUACGGCUCAAUAGGCACGGGUAAUUACUCUCCGUCUUCAGCCAGAACCCCAGUUUCACACCAGCCACCCCCACCUCCACCACCACCUGUCCAGCAGCAAGGAGCAACUCUGGGAAGCAAUCUGCCAAGCAGUUCGUCCCCACCAUAUAACUUGUACAGGCGACACACAUCAGCAGAUAUACGAACUCAUGGCUGGCAGCCACAACCGCCUAGCGGUGCAAUGCACUCACCCUAUGCUUCUGGCCACAACUCUACACAGUGGCCUUCUUCACCACACCGGACACCUAUCGGAGGCGGUGAUCAACAGCUCCGUGAUGCUUUGGAAUCUUACCAACUACCCCGCGGACCUCGGCAGGCGUCGUCGAGACAUGGUACUCCGCCUUUGUCCCACGACAAUAUGCCUUCGACAUUGAGUGCAGACAGCGGAUGGACGCUGCCGGGCGCUAGAUAUCCAUUCAAGGGUAUUGAUACGCCUGGCCCACCUACCCGACGCUCGAGCAUGGCGUCCAACGUGCAUUCACUACUCAACCCUGCCGAGACUGCGGAGCGCACAGACGAAGAUGAACCGGAUGACGCGCGCAAGCGAAAGCGAAUGCAGUAG